UUACAGGAUAAAAAUUCCCUCGAAAGCACAUCUCCCUCCAGCCGCUGCCGCGUAUGUAAUCUUACCUAUGCCAUCAGCGUUCCAUACCUUCAAAUUGGUUCCAAUGGCACCCACGAUUACUCGACAGCCGGCACCCAUCCUUCCCCCUUCAACUCCCUCGAACAGCGCACGAACUCUGGCUCAGCAGACACCAAGCAGUCAACAGCACGAUACCGCCAACUCCACACCGACCACCGAAGCGCGUAUGAAUCCUCCACCUGUUCCCCGGUCUCUCAUGACACCGGCGCGCGAGAUGCGUGAAAGCUCAGUGCUUUCGUCUGCGGGCAACAGCGCGCGCAAACCGCGCCAGAACCUCGAUGAACGCGAUCAUAUCCUCAUGGUCAAGCACUGCUACGAGCAACGGGACAAUUUCAAAGAGGGCACCAAAGCGCAGUUCUGGUCAGGCGUGAAUGCUGCUUUCCAGGCAGACACGGGCAAGAUCUUAGCGCAGAUGAGCGCCACGGUUGGACGGUUAGUAGAGACAAGGCGAAGACAAAUAGCAGAUUGGGAGAAUGGAGUCAUUCCUCAAAAGCCAGGUGGCGAGCUGAAUGAGAGGAUCGAUGAAUGGAUCGAGUUCUUGCGGACCGAGGAUGGAGAAGCAGAGGCUGAGAGGAUGCGACAAGUUGAGGCCAGGAGAAAGGUCGAGGAGGCUAGGAAAGAAGCUAGGAGACAAGCAAUUGCUGCAGAAACUCAGAUGGCCGCUCAAAAUCCUCCUCCACAGCAAAGACUAUACCCUGGUCCGCAACCCCCGCCACCGCAGGAAGUUCAGCAAGGACAGGCACCAACAGCACCCCAGCAACUGCAGCACCCAUAUCAGCAAUCCCCAGGGGGCGAAAUGGUUGUUGCCCAAGAAGAACAGGAUAUGAAUGGUUAUCGACCAAACAAGAGGAGACGUCAUAAUGAGAGAGCGCUCACGCGGGAGUUACAACAGCAGAUUGAGCAACAACAAUGGGCCGCACAACAAUACGCACUAGAACACCCACCAGAGCCUCCAAGGCGAGUUGUAGUUGAAGGACAACUGACGAAAGAAGACUGGCGUGAGAUUAUGGGCAACGAUGCACGACUACGGACAUUAGAGACGAAAGUUGAGAAGAUUGAGUUGAUCGUUUCGCAGAACAACAAGCUUCUGCUACAACUGGUUGCGAACCAGAGCAAGGACAGAGAUCGAAAUGUAGAGGAGGAAAGAGUGCCGGUUCAUCUUGACGCUGAGUUUGAGCGGGAUUACCUGUCUGGGCGCUACUCGAAGACGCCAUUACCUAUUCCUUGAUUCAGCAAUGUCCCCGAAAAGUUUGCAGCAGGUUCAGAAAAGAGUGAGAGUCAGCUUUGCGAAAAAACGAAGAGUUUCACAAAUCCCGAAUCGGAACCCGGAUGACAUUUUGGCGUCGUGCCGUGUUCCACGGCUAUCCUUCUCUUCGAACUUGAGCCGCCUUGCACAUACUAAUUUGCGUCCGCCCUUCGCUUCAUAUUCGUU